AUAUAAUUCUCUGCGGGAGGGGCGCAGAGAGGGGCGGAGGAGGAGGAGGAGGAGGAGGAGGGGGGGCGACGGGCGGAGGGCUUCCCCUACUCGAGCUUUUAGGGCCCUGUGCGUGGUGCAAUUGAGGUUACGGUGGCUCGAGGUUUCUUGGAUUUCGACGACGCCGGAAUUUCGGAGUAUUGGGAUUGAUUGUCGUCGGGUUCGAGUAUAGAUUGCAGGAAGUGUGAGGGAAAGUGAGCGCGGUGGAGUUCGACGAUGAGGAGUGUGCAGGUUUACUGGAAAAACGGCACUCGCUGAGUUGUAGGUGGAGAAGGCGUUUGCGUCUUGAGCCGUGUACUAUAAAUUUUUUCAAACAUGGGUAUAGGGGAGAAAGGACGUGUUGAUUUGAGCGAAGUGAUUCGGAACCGAUUGUACUUUGCGCCUCUGCAUUGGACGGAAGAUUCUGUGGUCCUGUCUGCCCUUCCGCGGGCUGGCACUGCAUUCUGCAUCGACAAUGAGCUGGUCUACGAACCCUUCUUCGCAGAUUUUGGGCCGCUGAAUAUUUCAUGCACCUAUCGUUUCUGUUGGAAGCUUCAUUCUCUUCUUAAGGAUGCAGAAGAGCUAGGACGUUGUGUUCUUUUCUACUGUGGUGCUGACCCCAAGAAGAAAGCAAAUGCCGCUGUUCUGCUGGGGACGUACCUUGUGCUAUUCGCCGGUGUGGAACCAGAAGUGGCUUAUGGACCGUUGUCCAUGUUUGAGCCUUAUGUACACUUUCGUGAUCCUACAUGUGGUGUUUCCACCUAUCACCUUACGGUGUUAGACUGCAUCAGGGCUGUCGCAAAGGCUGCGAAGGUCGGUUGGAUCGAUUUCAACAAUUUCAAUCUAGACGAAUAUGAGUACUUUGAACAGGUGGAGAACGGGGAUCUCAAUUGGAUCGUUCCUAAUAAGCUGCUCGCAUUCAGCGGUCCAUCAGCGAGGCGCUUAGAGAUUUAUGGCUACAGAACACUCAUUCCUGAGGAUUAUAUCGAGUACUUUCAUCGGGUGGGAGUUACUGCAGUCAUCAGGCUCAACAAACGGACUUAUGACCGACGACGCUUUGCGGACCAGGGGAUUGCUCAUUAUGACCUCUAUUUCCCUGAUGGAAGUUGUCCUACGGACCGCAUCCUGAAGCGUUUUUUGGAAAUUGUUGAAGAAACUCCAGGUGCUUUGGCUGUGCACUGCAAGGCAGGGUUAGGUCGGACUGGAGUUUUAAUCGGAUGCUACAUUAUGAAGCAUUAUCGAUUUACUUGUACGGAGGUCUUAGGUUAUCUGCGAAUGGUGCGACCUGGGAGUGUAAUAGGCCCGCAACAACAUUAUUUAAGAGAUAUGCAGAAACGAUUGUGGCGAGCUGGUGACAUUAUGCGACAGCAGCAAGCGCAAGCAAAUGCCAACAGUAGAGAGUUUCUCCCGAGCUCUACUCACGAUGGUGCCCCUCCUCCUUCACUGUUGACCGAUCAGCCUGCUAAAUCAUCGUCUUUGGGACCCUUAUCACACUCAUCAACUGCAGGAGCUCAGUCUUGGACGUCCAGCAAAAACAGGUUCUCAAAUUCUCGAACAUACUCAACGAAUCCUGUGGUCAAAAGAGACACCACGAGAGACCUUGCUGCUCCUCGCAGUGCUUUAGCAAAAGUUACUCAGAGGUCUUCGCACCCAAGCUGGACAGAGCAGCACGUCCCACCAUUGUUGCAGCGAUUGAAGAGAAUGUCCUCAUCACACACUUCGCUCUCUUGCUUGCCGAGUCCCGGGAAAGAUGAUAGGGGCCAUCAUAACGAGAUCUUAGUGUGUGGUAACGUUCAUUGUAGCAACGAUGCGAUUGUGUCGUCGAGCUGCGAGUCUAAGGACGAUGGACACAAAGGACCAAAAACAAGAGUGCCCACCCCAGCAAGGCCAAGUAGUUUGUUAAAAUCAGCCCAGAAUGGCUUUUUUAAAGGAGGCUGUUUGGAAGGGACAAUGCGGUCUCUUUCUUUGAAUUCAGAUAAAGAGCCCUCUUGUUCCACACAAUCUAGUAAAAGUACACGAGGUUAUCCUUACAACACAAGGUCUCUUAGCACACCAAAGCAACAUCAUGCUUCCUCUGCAACCGUAGGGACGGGUUCAGAUGGACUUGGGAUUUUGAGAAAUGUAGGAGGUGUAGCUCCAAGCAAUCAAGCUAGUGGUAGUGUAUUUGUUCAGCGGAUAGUAAAUUCCGCAGGGCAGCCGAGGAAAGUGGUGCUCCCUGUUGUUGAAGAGAUUCCUGGAUCAGGAACAGGGCAACAAGAACGGAAGAAAAGGGAAAGUUCCCCAUCUAGGAGAUUUUCGUCUCCAGGACGAGUCAGUGUCAGUCAAGGCAGUCAAGGAAAUUAAUACCUCUGCCCAAUUGUUGGACACAGGAGGAGCUAAUGCUAUUUACUAUGCGUGUUUGAUGAUUGUGGAAUGUUUUUGGGAACUGUGAAUCC